GGGCCCGGACCAGCGGUACCGUUAGCCACCAGCCCAACAAAUUUCUUAUGUUAUUGCAUUGAUCUGGGAGCUUUACCGUUUACCUCGCAGGAUAUGUUGUGUGUGUUACUUAAGUCCCUAACGCAGAGGGCGUCUGAGCGGGACGCGUGAAUGCAGCGGACUAUUUGCUCAUUGUUUUUAUUCCAUCUGGACUGAGGGGCUCGCCGCACAGAGAAAGACGCGGCUCAAGUGCAUGAAGCUAACCUAGCAGCGGCUAUCCGGCUAACUCGUGUGAGCACUUCCUUGUUGCACAGUGCUCAGUGAUGGAAGGAGAGAAGUUUGAGAAGAGCCAUGGUUUGUUUCUUUGAAUGUAACGCCAUCUUUUGAAUGGAUUUAUGCGUGGACAGGACCUGCGACAUUCCAGGACAGACGGAUUUGAAUAUUGAUAAGGCUGCAGGUGGGAGUUGUGACCAUGAAGACAAAUGCGACUGAGUAGCCGGAUCAUGUUAGCUAACGCUAAUGGUGACUAGCUGGCUAAGCACAUUAGCAUUGGCUAACUCGUUUUGCAGGCGCCUUUGGGCUUAUUUUUAUUGACCCAUUGCAAUGACGAACACAGCGUGUAUCAUGUUGCAUUUUGUACUUGCACCUGACUGCUAAACAGUCGUCUGUGCUGAAUGAUAUUCAUACAGUUGGCUUUGUAAUGCUAACAUUGGGCUCGGCUGAUGGCUAGCUAGCUGGCUUACCAAUUGUCAGUUUGCUACGCUGUAAGCUACUUAGCCUUUCCCAGCUAGGCGAAUGUUUUGUUCCAUGGAACAAGUGACCCACCUGCGAAGGCACAUAUAUAAUACACAUUAGCACUUGUAACGACCACGUCCUUUAUCUGUGUGUGGAGCCAAUGCCUAACACAGAGGUGCUCCGGGAGGCCCGGGCGCGCAGCCCCUCUGGACAGAGGAAUGCUAACCGACAGGACAGGCGGAGCAGCGGCCAGAGAGACAAGCGCCGUGACAAGAGGCGCCCAUCGACAUCCAAGAGGAAGAGGCGCAGACAGGCCCGGGACAGAAACCUGUGGCGUGCGGGACUGACAGGGGAACACAACCAUGAGCGCAGAGAUGUGUUUGAGAAAGACACGGAGCUUCAGACAUUGGUAGAGUACGAUGACGUGAGCUCACAGUCAGAGCGCUUUUCUGGGAGCCCUUCGCCUAAACUUGACCCGCUGGCUGACAGUCUGCCAGGGGACCCACUCAGUGAUGUUGACCUUGGUGAAUAUAAUGGACCUACAACCCCAGACAAAAGUUUGUCUAGAAGUCGUGAGGCAGUUGCCCUCAGUAAGGAGCAAACUAAAGGACCAUCAGAAAGGAGCAAACAGGAUAGAGAGCUGAGCAGGAGGAAGGAGCGCCGGAGCCGCGAGAAGGACUCUAAAGUCAGGAGUGGAGGCAGCCUAAGUGGCUCUAAAAACCACAGAGACACUGCAAGAAGCAGUGACCGAAACGGUAAGAGGACAUCAUCUUCACAAUCUGCAGAUAAAAGGGAUUCUAAAGGGCAUAGGAGCAAAACGAGAGCUGAGAAAGAGCCCCCAUCUGCAUAUCGAGAUGCUCCUCUGGCCUACAGAGAAGACCGAGAAGAGCUCAGGGCGUACAGGAGGAGUCCUGGCUUAAAAACAGACAGUCCCUAUGGGACAUCCUACAGCUACCAAUCUCCUGCUUAUAACCAGCUGGUAUCUAGAAGAAGUCCACCUUAUAGCAGCAAAAAACUGUCUCCCAUCACCACUUAUUACAAUCGAGAUGCAGAUAGUUAUGGAUCAUAUGGUGUCUCAAAAUCUCCCAGUUCUUACUCUACCAACAAACGGAAACGUUCUCCAGCCAGUCCAGCCAACUGGCGCAGGUCACCAAGCUAUGAACAAGGAGAGUUUGGGUCCAGCCCUUAUGCAAGCCGUAAGAGGUCCAGAAGUCCAUACAAGAAGUCUUUAAGCCCCAGUCCAGAUGUCAGGCGCUCUGCCCGCUCCCGCAGCAGAAGUCCUUAUACCUCCCGACACUCUCGCUCGCGCAGCCGCCACCGUGACCGCCACUCUCGCUCCCGCAGUCGUCCAUCCAGCCUGUCCCCAAGCACACUCACCUUCAAAUCCAGCCUGGCCGCUGAGCUGAGCAAACAAAAGAAAGCUAAAGCAGCAGAAGCAGCAGCCAAAGCCAAGAACUCCAGCAACACAUCUACCCCGACCAAGGGCUCCUCGGCGUCUCACCAGCCCAGCCCCAAGAUCAACCACACCUCACGGAAAGGACGGCCCCCCUCGCCCCCUCCAGAGAAAGGGCCCCGGACCCCCCCACUGAGCGCACCACCACCAUCACCACCGGAACGCUCAGUCAAAAGGAGCAGUGAGCAUCACGCAACGAAGGACAGAGAUGGGAAGAGCAAAGAGGACACACUACAGAGAGAUAAGAGGAAAGCCCCACCAGCCACACCACUCAAGGAAAAGGACAAAAUUACAGCUUCACUCGGGUCUAGUUUGUUGUCGUUGCCAAUGCCUCCCACAGCUGAGAACUCAGAGAAAGGAGAAAGCUUGAAGGACAACUUACUCUCAGGGAAGAAGAAGUCGGAGAGGAAGGCUCGCACACUCUUGACUGAUCUGCCCCUGCCUCCCGAGCUUCCCAGUGGCACCUCGUCCCCACACAGUCCAAUGGAUGAGAAGAAGGCUCAAGCAGCCCGCAGGAGACCCAAAAUAUGUGGACCGAGAUAUGGUGAGAUUAAAGAGAUCGAAAUCGACUGGGGAAAACGCUGUGUGGACAAGUUUGAGAUCAUUGGCAUCACAGGAGAGGGCACAUACGGGCAGGUGUACAAAGCUAAAGACAAAGACACGGCUGAAAUGGUGGCUUUAAAGAAGGUCAGGCUGGACAAUGAAAAGGAGGGCUUCCCGAUCACAGCAAUCAGAGAGAUCAAAAUCCUGCGACAACUUAACCACAAGAGUAUCAUAAACAUGAAGGAGAUAGUUACAGAUAAGGAGGAUGCGCUGGACUUUAAAAACGAUAAAGGUGCUUUUUAUUUAGUGUUUGAAUAUAUGGACCACGACCUGAUGGGUCUACUGGAGUCCGGCCUGGUCCAUUUCAAUGAGAGCCAUAUAAAGUCUUUCAUGCGUCAGCUGCUGGAGGGCCUCGAUUACUGCCACAAGAAAAACUUUCUUCACAGGGACAUCAAGUGUUCCAAUAUUCUGCUCAAUAACAAAGGUCAAAUAAAGCUGGCAGACUUCGGGCUUGCUCGCCUGUAUAACUCAGAGGAAAGUCGGCCAUACACCAACAAAGUGAUUACACUAUGGUAUCGUCCCCCAGAACUGCUCCUGGGUGAGGAGAGGUACACCCCUGCUAUCGACGUAUGGAGCUGCGGGUGUAUUCUUGGAGAGCUCUUCACUAAGAGACCAAUUUUUCAAGCAAAUCAAGAACUGGCCCAGUUGGAACUAAUAAGUCGGAUCUGCGGCAGUCCGUGCCCUGCUGUAUGGCCCGAUGUCAUAAAGCUUCCCUUCUUCAACACCAUGAAACCAAAGAAACAAUACAGGAGGCGGCUACGGGAGGAGUUUGCUUUUAUUCCUCCCGCAGCACUGGAUCUGUUCGACCACAUGUUGAACCUGGAUCCCAGCAAACGGUGCACAGCCGAACAAGCUCUGGGCAGUGAGUUCCUGAAGGACGUGGACCCUGACAAGAUGCCCCCACCAGAUCUCCCUCUGUGGCAGGACUGUCAUGAGCUGUGGAGUAAGAAGCGUCGACGUCAGAAGCAGAUGCCUGAGGAAAUGGCCGCCCCCAAAGCUCCGCGCAAAGAGCUGGGGCUGGACGACAGCCGCAGCAACACUCCCCAGGGUUUCCCCGUCUCUGGGGCUCUCAAAGCUCAGAAUGCUGCUGCCUCUGCACUGCUGGAUCCGAAAGGCCCAAACUCCCAGCUGACCCAGGAGCAGUUGGCGGUGCUGCUGAACUUCCUGGGGCAGACCAAGAGCACAGCCAGUACGGCGCAGUUCGUCCAGGCCAUGGGCACCAAGGUGAACCAGGAGACUCUACAGCAGCUGUCCAAAGCCCUGGCCCCCGCAGAACCAGCCGAACCACCCCCUCCACAACCCGCCUUAGUGAAAGCCCCCCAGCCUCCAGGAGUACCCCGCACGCCUCCUAUGCCCAAGCCCCCCUCACCCCCGACGCCUGCCCCGCCCACUAUUCCAGAGGGAGAGGUGGCCGCCACGCAGACCGCUAUGACCAUGCUCCUGGCCCAGCUCCUUCAGGCCCAGCAGACCCAGAGACAGGAGCCCGGCGAUGCAGUGGAUGGAGCAGAGAACAACAGCACUGGUACAGCUACAGUCGUGCCUCCAGAUGUACAGCAGCCUCCAGAACCAAGCCCUGUGUCUCCAGUUUCUGAAGUUGGAAGCAUGCCCAUACUACCUCCAGACCAGCGCCCCCCUGAGCCCCCAGAGCCCCCCCCUCACGCAGACUUGGACUAUAGACAGCCUCCCCCUGAACCUAAACCAGGCCUGGCCCCUCCUCUCCCUCCCUCAGGAGCAGACGCCACCCUCCCAACAACACUCCCCACACCUACAGACUACAGCCAACCCCCUCCUCCCUCCUUCCCCCCCACAGGCUUUGGCGACAGCUAUAUGGGUCACAUGCUGGGAGGCGGUCUCCCUCCUCACGCCCUCAGAGAAGUCUUCAGCGGCCCCACCCAGCCCCCUAGCUCCUCCUCCUCUUCCUCUGCCCACCCGGACCACUACCCUCCUGGCACGGGCUCCAGCGCCGCACCCGGCAUGAUGUUCUCCGGGGACAAGGACCACCGCUUCGAAUACACCCACAGCCCUUUGCCCGUAGAAGGAGCACCCAACCCCAAUGCCAUCCAUUUGUACAACCACGCCAUGGCUCACAAAGACGGUCCCCCUCCUCCACCCGUACAAGCGCCGUUACCACUGGGCUACGUACCACAUGUGAACUCCACGGCAACGAUCAGGGGGCGGGGACUGCCAUUCUGAUGGACAGCGAGCCACGGCGGACAACGGACUCCCCUCGAAGAGCCAAUAGUUCCAAAUAUCGUUAAAGAUGCAGUAUGUAACUUCUGAUGGAGAGUCCUGCUUACUCGUCUCCAUGGAAAUAUUUAUUGCUUUGCCUGGUUUAUUCCACAGUUUGACAGCUAGGGCUGUAUCUGAUUAAAGGCAUGUGCUGCCGAUUGAUUAGUUAACUAAAAAGGUGAGGGUGUGGCAAAACUUUUCAGUAUCUAUGAUCUGACUAUGUAUCUGACCCAAACUGCACUCAAAAACUGGAGUUCAUGCAAAAAGGAUUUUAACAGAAAAGUAUUAGGAAACUGUGUUUAUAUGUAAAAAGGCAGAUUAUACUUGUAAUUCAAAUUUUAAGAUAAAACCCCUUUUUGCCUUCUCCUUUGUGCUGUUGUCCCUUCUAAAUCCUUCUAAAUAAAAUAACUAAUCUUCUAAUACAAAAUGUAGUUGACUAAGACUCCGUCAACAGAUUAGUCAACGGCUAAAGGAAUGCAGCCCUAUUGCCAUUAAACAAAAGGUUAAACGUAGCCGUUAACUUUAAACUACCGCAUCACAAGGUGGAACAGCAUUGUGAUGUUUGAGUAACCCUGGAUUAUUAGUCUACAUCCCUGUCUACAUCUCCAAACCUGUGUCAAUGAAACAAAACACAACUCUGGCUAUGUUUUUGAGGAGGUAACAACAUUCUGACAUGGCUUAAAGCUCACAAGAGUCAAUUUUUGCCUAAUGUAGGACCUUUUCAUGUCAUACUGUGGAACAUACAAGACAAAACAAUAUCACCUCCAUAGGUAGAAGCAGGCACGAGACCCAACACAAUGAAAGUUACACAAUGCAACUUUGAAUUGAAACUGUCGAGAGAGACAGCCGAAAAACACCAAGAGCUUUUGUUGCUCGCACCAUUUUCAUAUUUUUUCUAAUUCUGCUGUCUUUUAAAUUAAACUUUUUUGGAGUGUACAGAUGUCAGGUCGGGUACAUUUUGAAUCCUUACUUACCCUGUUCCGAAAUGGAUUCAGGAGAAGACUAGUAUUGUUUCACACCACUGACUGAAGCAGGAGCAAGGUUUUAGCUCUGAAAAUUCAAACUAAUGGAUUUGUGCUUCUUCUGCACACUUAGGAAUAUAGUCUCUUUUAACAGAUCAUGUGGAGCUGAAGUCUGUAUGGGCGCAGGGACAAAGGACUGCUAGCACUUCCUGGAUGUCCGCUGUGAAAUAUGGAACAAUAAUAAUGGAAGAAGGCGGUAUUGACUUUCUAUUUGCCACUAGGUGUAAAAUCAUGAGCAGAAACCCAGAACUCCAGGUCAAAAAGGAAACUGUCUUUUUUGUACUAAAUCAUUUUGUCCCCUCCCUCAUUCCUUUGGCAAAUGUUUAUUAAAGAAAUGCCACAAUGUA